AUGGAAUCAUCGGUUCAUACUAUUGACCCCACGGUCUGCAGGCUCGGACCCUGGCGGUUCACGCUUUCCCGACUUCAAUAUUGCACCUUUACCUUGGUCGGUGUAGCCCUUCUCUGGCCCUGGAACUGUUUCCUCAGCGCGUCAGCAUAUUAUGGAGAGCGCUUUUUUCAUACACAGUCACUUGUGAAAAUAUACUCGCUGACGAUGAUGUCGGUGUCCACCAUUGUCAGCACCACCUAUAGCUAUUAUCUCUCACAGGCACAACGAGGAGUAGACUAUAAGAAACGUAUACAUGUUGGGUUGGUGGCGACGAUCGUGGUUUUUGUGUUGAUGGCCAUUUCGUGUGUGUCAGACUUGUUCAUUCGUAUGGAUGAUUAUGUAUUCUUCACCUUUCUAAUGCUCAUGGUCUUGGUAAGCGCCAUGGCCACCUGCUUGGCCCAAAACGGUACCAUGGCCACUGUGAAUGUUUUGGGACAAAUCUACACCAACGCGGUGAUGGUGGGCCAGGCUAUCGCUGGAACUUUGCCCUCAGUAGCUUUGAUUAUAAGCAUCUUGAUUGUAGGCGUGAAAGAGCGCGAUGUUACUGCUAAAGUGGAGGAUGACGAUUAUUACGUCGACAAGAACUUGGGCGUCUUUAUCUAUUACAUCACUGCCAGUCUUGUUUCCGUCGCAUCUAUCGCUCUCCUCACUCUCACUGGCUAUCUCAAGUCAGAGGCCCAAUAUAAAGCCCUCAACCAGCUCCUUGAAGAGGGGCAAUCGUCACUCAGCGAUGAUGUAUGCGAUGUUGUUGAGGACGAUAAUACUUUGGGUGACACAACAAAGACUGUUGGAGAGGAUCGGGCAGGGGUUUUGACUGAACCACUUCCGCCAACAGAAGCAUAUGUGCCCUUCAGUGUCAUGUGGGGGAAACUCAAAUUAAUUGUUAUGACAAUUUUCCUCACAUUCGGAGUGACGUUGAUCUUCCCGGUAUUUGCGUCGAUCGUUGAGUCUGUGCACACUGAUUCCCCUAGUCCGUUCUUCCACAAGAGUAUCUACAUUCCAUUCAUCUACCUCAUUUGGAACCUUGGCGAUCUACUUGGCCGCAUCUUCUGUGGCGCCACUAAUUCUUACAUUCUUGUGAAGAACCCAAACCACUUAAUUAUCUACUCAUUGCUACGCUUCUUGUACAUUCCACUUUUCAUGACAUGCAACAUCCAUCCACUGGGACUGGCGCCGUUUUUCCUGUCUGAUCUCUGGUACAUGUUCUUGCAGUUUACAUUUGGGUUUUCCAACGGUCAAUUGGCCACUUCCUGCUUCAUGGUUGUGGGAGAUCAUUGUGACAAUGAUGAUGAGAAAAAGGCUGCAGGCGGAUUCACCAGUGUAUUUUUGAGCACGGGGCUCGCUGUUGGCAGUGUCCUCAGUUAUCUUUUGGUUUUGAUUGUCAAUUAG